AGCUGUGAAAAUGAAAUAUACUUGAUAUAUUUGAAGGAAAAAAAUAGCAGGUUAUUUCGGUGAUUUCAAAAGUAAAAUGGAGAGAGAAGACGAGAAGAAACCAUUGCUUGGUGAGAGGACAGGAAGUAUACAAGGGGAACAGCACUCCCCUCCUCGAGGGGAGCAUUUUGGAAAGCGACAUUUGUUGGCCAUACUUGCAUUUCUGGGGUUCUUCAAUGUUUAUUGCCUUCGUGUAAAUCUCAGUGUGGCCUUGGUUGCCAUGGUGAACAACACCAAGAAGGUUGACAACCACAGUAUUGAUGCAUGUCCGUCAAUUCAUGGAGCAGAAAAUAAAACGACAAGGCAGGGAGAUUUAAACUGGGAUGAGAGCACACAAGGAAUUGUGCUGGGGUCAUUUUUCUAUGGUUACAUUGUAACCCAGCUCCCAGGAGGCUGGCUAGCGGAAGUGUUUGGGGCAAAGAUGCUAUUUGGACUUGGUGUGUUGUGUACAGCUGCGCUCACUCUCCUUACACCUGUUGUAGUCAAUGAGCUUGGACUGGGAGCAUUCAUUGCUCUGAGAGUUGUUGAAGGCUUAGGAGAGGGAGUCACUUUUCCUGCCAUGAGUGCCAUGUGGGGUAAAUGGGCGCCACUUUGGGAAAGGAGUAAACUAGCUGGAUUUACCUAUGCAGGGGCCCAGCUUGGAACUGUUGUAUCCAUGCCUAUAUCUGGAAUACUAUGUGACUCCGACUUCCUGGGAGGAUGGCCUUCUGUUUUCUAUAUAUUUGGUGUCCUUGGAUGCAUAUGGUUUGCAGUAUGGAUGUUUCUCGUGCAUGAUACACCAGCAAAGCACCCAACAAUAUCAGAAGCUGAAAGAUCAUACAUAGAAAUUUCAAUAGGUAGUAAACAGAGGUUGCGGACUCCCUGGAAAUCUAUACUCACCUCCAAGGCAGUGUGGGGAAUUUGUGCCGGUCAUUUUGCUAACAACUGGGGAUUCUACACCAUGUUGACUAGUCUUCCUACAUACAUGAAACAGAUUCUCAACUUUGAUAUAUCUGAGAAUGGUUUUAUAUCUGCCCUGCCCUAUGUAGUAUGCUGUAUUUGUCAGACAUCUUCUGGGCAUGUAGCUGAUUUUAUUCGCAAAAAUGGCUACCUAUCAACGAAAAAUACUCGCAAGAUGUGUAUGACAUUGGGAUUGAUGUUACCAGCUAUCCUUAUGUUCUGCAUUGGUUACGCGGGCUGCAAUCACAUUGUGGUGGUAACCAUGCUUACCUUUGCUGUAGGACUUGGUGGUAUAUGCAUGGGAGGAUUCAAUGUCAAUCAUUUAGAUAUUGCACCUAAUUAUUCAGGAACGUUGAUGGGCAUAAGUAAUUGUCUGGCUACCAUCCCUGGAUUCUUAGGACCAUACAUAGUUGGGCAGCUCACAAACAAUAAUCAAACUCGAGCCCAGUGGCAGAUCGUAUUUUAUAUCUGUUCUGCGGUAUACCUGGCUGGGACUAUACUCUAUGUUCUCCUCGCUGAGGGCUCCGAGCAGCCAUGGAAUCAACAAGGCGGCGAAGUACUGACAUUUACUGGCCAAGCCUCAGGUCAAGUUCCAAAACAUCAGCCAGUUGCAGAAGAAGAUCAAGUGUCGAACCUCCAAUAUAAACGUUUAAAUGCAGAAAAAUUUUGA